UCUUCCCCCUCUUCCUCCUUCUCCUCCUCCUUCUCCUCCUCCUCCUUCUUUCCCUUCUCCUCCUCCUCUUCUCUGGCUCGCUCCGCCCGCCCGGAUGGCCUGGGCUGCGCCGGGAGAAUGGCGGAGCGAGAAAGCGGAGGGCGCGCUGGGGGCGGGGGCGCCGCGUCCACGCCCGGGGCCUCCCCAUUCCUGGGGUUGCACAUCGUGUCGCCUCCCAAUUUCAGGCUCACCCAUGACAUUAGUCUGGAGGAAUUCGAGGAUGAGGACCUCUCGGAGAUCACGGAUGAGUGUGGAAUCAGCCUGCACUGCAAGGACACCCUCUCCCUGCGGCCCCAGCGCGGCGGACUCAUGCCGGGAGGCGGCGGCUGCGGGGGAGCUGGCAGCCGGCUGCAGGCCGAGAUGCUGCAGAUGGACCUGAUCGACGCGGCCGGGGACACGCCCGGAGCCGAGGAGGAGGAGGACGAAGACGAGGACGAGGACGAGGACGAGGAGGAAGAGCGGCGGGGGCGGCCCCGGGGCCCCGGGCAGCAGCAGCAGCAGCAGCAGCAGCAGCCCCCGCCGCUGCAGCCUCCGCAGCCGCUGCAGCAGCAGCGCGGGCCCGGCGGCGGCGGGGGCCCGGCUCCCGAGCCCGGCCAGGACACGGCGCCGCGAGGCCUCGGCGGGGACACCUACCGGCCCAAGCGGCCCACCACCCUCAACCUCUUCCCGCAGGUGCCGCGGACGCAGGACACCCUGAACAACAACUCCCUGGGCAAAAAGCACAGCUGGCAGGAACGGGUGUCCCGGUCCUCUUCUCCGCUGAAGACAGGCGAGCAGACCCCUCCUCAUGAACACGUCUGCUUGAGUGAUGAGCUGCCGCCCCAGAACAGUCCCGCACCCACCAAGGACCGGGGUACCUCCACAGACAGUCCCUGCCGCAGAAGCACUUCCACCCAGAUGGCCCCUCCCGGUGGCGGCCCCCCAGCCUCUCGGGGCUCCGACAAGGCCCCAGCUCCCUCUGGAGGCCGGGCCCACCCACACCGUGACCGUAUUCACUACCAAACAGACGUGCGGCUAGAAGCCACUGAAGAGAUCUACUUGACCCCAGUGCAGCGGCCCCCCGCCCCGGAGGCCACCCCGGCCUUCCUCCCCCCAGCCGAGAGCCGCAUGUCAGUUAGCUCUGACCCCGACCCCACUGGCUAUCCACCAGCCCCCGGCCGGCCCCACCCCUCCAUCAGCGAGGAGGAUGAGGGUUUUGACUGCCUGUCGUCCCCCGAGAGGGGCGAACCCCCCAGCGGGGGCUGGCAGGACAGUCGGGCGGAGCUGCCCCGAGCCUCGCUGAGCUCGGACACCAGCGCCCUGUCCUAUGACUCGGUCAAAUACACCCUGGUGGUGGACGAGCACGCCCAGCUGGAGCUGGUGAGCCUUCGGCAAUGCUACUCCGGCUACAGCGACGAAAGCGACUCGGCCACCGUCUACGACAACUGCGUCUCGUCCCCCUACGAGUCGGCCAUCGGGGAGGAGUACGAGGAGGCGGCGCGGCCGCGGCCGGCCGUCUGCCUCUCAGAGGACUCCUCGCCCGACGGACCCGACGUGCACUUCUCCAAGAAAUUCCUCAACGUCUUCAUGAGCGGCCGCUCUCGCUCCUCCAGUGCCGAAUCUUUCGGAUUGUUCUCCUGCACCAUCAACGGGGAGGAGCAGGAGCAGACGCACCGGGCCGUGUUCAGGUUUGUGCCCCGGCAUGAGGACGAGCUGGAGCUGGAGGUGGACGACCCGCUCUUGGUGGAGCUGCAGGCCGACGAUUACUGGUACGAAGCGUACAACAUGCGCACGGGCGCUCGAGGAGCCUUCCCCGCCUACUACGCCAUCGAGGUCACCAAGGAGCCCGAGACCGUGACAGCCUUGGCCAAAAACAGUGACUGGGUGGACCAGUUCCGGGUGAAGUUCCUGGGUUCUGUCCAGGUUCCAUACCACAAAGGCAACGACGUUCUCUGCGCUGCUAUGCAAAAGAUUGCCACCACCCGCCGGCUCACGGUGCACUUUAACCCGCCCUCCAGCUGUGUCCUUGAGAUCAACGUUCGGGGAGUAAAGAUUGUGGUCAAGGCUGAGGACUCCCAGGAGCACAAGGGGAAUAAAUGCAGUCACUUUUUCCAGCUGAAGAACAUCUCUUUCUGUGGCUACCACCCAAAGAACAACAAGUACUUUGGGUUCAUCACCAAACACCCCGCUGACCACCGGUUUGCCUGCCAUGUCUUCGUGUCCGAGGAAUCCACCAAGGCUCUGGCCGAGUCUGUCGGGAGAGCGUUCCAACAGUUCUACAAGCAAUUUGUGGAGUAUACGUGCCCCACGGAGGACAUCUACCUGGAGUAGCAGCGCUGCCCCCGCCCCCUUCCCGCCCCUUCCUCUGAUUGUGCCCUGGGCUGCCCCACCCCAGACUGGAGGAGGUGCCUGCACAGACCAAGGGCACCUGUCAAUGCCAUCUCUCCUCCGCAGGAAGCCCUCUGGGGCAGGAUUGGGGAGGGGGGAGGAUUAGCUGAGGGUGGGGAACUAUGGGGGAGGGUGGACUGAGGGGUUAGGGGAGAGGCAAAUGCAGUUUAUUGUAAAAUACAGGAUUAGAUGAUUCUAUGAAUGAACAGGAGAUGCUGCUUCAGAAGGUGGGAGGGACAGGGGAGAGGGAUGGGCUCAGAGCCAAUGGGCCAGGUCACCUCUGUCCUCCAUGCCCCCCGGCCUUUCCCCGGGAGUGCUCCCUGCUUCCCCUACCUGGGCCUUGGCUAAUGGUUCCUGCCUUUACUCAGCCAAUACCACCUGUGCCCACUGACCUCUGUACCCCUGCCCUUUGCUCAGGGCCUUGCUGGGCUGGCCCAUUGAGGACUUUUUCAAUGAAGAAAUAGCAGCGGGUGCAGACAUGUGAGCCGCUUGCCAGAGGCCCGCCAGGGCUCUCUCUGCACACACCUGUAGCCUCCGUGGCACAAGGGGAAUUUUCUCCUACUCCCUGGCAGGCAGGUCCCUCGACAGGGUUAGGGCACCCAAGGCUCUGGGGUGACAUCGGUAGCCCAGGGCCUCUGGUGUUGGCAGGAGGAUGGCAGCUUGGGCCACGCCCCCCCCUUCCGGCCUGGGCAGGGAGAAGUGGGCAAAACUGUCUCCUCCAGGCCCCUUCAGGGCCUUCUUGCAGUUGCAUCUUGGCCCAUCUCGGCAACCACUAUUAAAGUGCCAUUUCCUGUA